AUUUUGUUUUAUUAUUAUUAGUACCUAAUUAGUGCCUGGACUCCUUACAAUGCAUACUGCAUCUGAAAACCAUGUAAUCAUGAUUCUAAGAUCUAUGAAUAGGUAACACCCAAACAACUCUCUCUCACGCGAGCCCUUCCUACACACUCACACAAGCACACGCACGCACACGCGCGCGCACACACGCGCGCACACACUCACACAGGCGCACGCACACACACACACUUCCUCUCACACCACUCUACAGGCAGCAGUAGAAGGAGAAAUCAGUGCCUUCAGCAGCAAGGACAAGAUGUCUGGUCAGACUUUUGAGGAAACCAUAAAGUCCACCUUGGAGCAUAGCAUGAAAACGAAGGAUGAGGAGAAGCUUUACAAGCGAAAUGGGAUCCUCUACUCCACGAUCAUGAGCCCACCGGAGAACCUGGAUGCCUUGAAGGACCUGGAGGCCAGGGAGGAUGAUGUCAUGCUGGUGGCAUACCCCAAAUGUGGCUGUAACUGGAUGGUGGGAGUGUUGAGGAAAAUUAUGACUACAUGUGGAUACACUAUCCCUGACAGGCCCCCUCUGAUCGAGUUCCACUCUCCAGAUGCACAGAAGAUUGCAGCCGAGACACCAUCGAGGCGAUUGUUUGCGACUCAUUUGCACCCUGAUGACAUCCCUGUUUCAUUUACGACCAAUAAAACAAAGAUGUUGGUGGUGUUUCGAAACCCCAAAGACACUGCCGUCUCUUAUUACCAUUUCAUGAACAACAACCCAGUGCUGCCCAAAGCUGAGUCCUGGGACAAAUUCUUCUCUGACUUCAUGUCCGGUGAAGUGGGCUGGGGUUCAUAUUUUGACCACGCCCUGGCCUGGGAGAAACACAUGGAUGACCCUAAUGUAUUGAUUAUGACCUAUGAGGAACUAAAAGAGAACCUGCUGGAAGGUGUAAAGAAAAUCACAGCCUUCUUCAGCUUCCCUCUGACGGAUGAACAGGUCAAGGUGAUUGCCGGAGAGAGCACAUUCAGUGCCAUGCAGUCGAGCUCCAAAACGUCUCAUGGAAAAUUUGCCAGCAUCAUUUUCCGAAAAGGUGAGGUAGGAGACUGGAAGAACCACUUCAGUGAGGCUCAGAGUAAGCAGAUGGAUGAAGAGUUCAAGAAGAAACUAUCAGGAACCAAACUAGGAGCCAAGCUUAAAUACGAGCAGUACUGUCAGUAGUCUGAAAUAUUCAACACUGGGGAAAAAGGACUGUUUUUUUUUAACAUGUUUUUUUAACAGUGAUUUUGCAUAAAUAAUUAUUACUUGGUUACUAAUUAUGUUUACAAAAUAUGAAUCUUUAUUACUGCUAAUUAAAGGCUUUACCACUAGAUGGUGCAGCAGCUCAUGGCUCAUGUUCAUCUCUUCUUCUUAGAUGCUGUCACUCAAAAAAAUAAGAAAAAAUCCUCUCCCCACAAAUACAGUUUGUUUACAGUUCACAGCACACUCAUACUCCGUUUCAGAGUAGCCUGAGAAUAUUAAUUAUUACAAAAGCCCAGAGCUAUAAAUUAAUGUCAUCAUGGAGAGCCUUCCUCUUUCUGUCUCCAUUCUCAAGAAUGAAAAAAUAAAUGGAUUGUGUAAAAAUCGCACAGAAAAAUGAAUUGGGUAAAAAUCACGUGAAAAAUGCAUUGUGAAAAAUUAAUUGUGGAAAAUCACACAUGAAAAUAAAUUAAUCAUGUAAAAAUUAAUGAACUGUGUAAAAAUCAAGUGAAAAACGGAUUGUGAAAAAUCAUAUGAAAAAUGAAUUGUGUAAAAUCACACAUGAAAAUAAAUUAAUCAUGUAAAAAUAAAUGAAUUGUGUAAAAAUCA